UUUUUUUAAAAAUGUGAUCUUUGGUAAGGAGGCAUCUCUGACUUAAUUUAAAACAAAAAGAGGAACACUGAUUUGUUUAAGUACAUUACAGCUUUGCCAGCACAGCUCAAUUCAACAGAAGACUUGACAGGUGAUGCUUGAAAAAAUUAACAAUGGCAAACACCUUCACAAUCAAUGACGAAGUGAGUGAUGAGGCUGCCUAUCUUUGUGAGACUGACUUUCCAGUUUCAGCUGGGACACUCUUCAUCUUGAUCUUCAUCAUCAGUGUCAUAGGCAAUGGUCUCCUCUUAUGUGUUCUUUUCAUCUACGAGAAACUGACAAGAGUCACAAAUAUUUUCAUCCUGAACCUGACCUGCUCUGAUUUGAUCUUCACCAUCACACUUCCAUUCUGGGCCGUUGAUCAUUUACACCAAUGGGUCUUUGGGGACUUUGUCUGCAAAUUUAUGACUGCUGCAUUCUUUGUUGGUUUGUACAGCAGUGUCAUUCUGCUGACUGCCAUGACAGUGGAUCGUUUUAUUAAAGUGGUGCUGCACAAGUGGCCGAGCAACCGUGCUAGAAAGAAGUAUGCAAUUAGUGCCUGUAUAUCUGCCUGGGUCAUCAGCAUCUCAGCAUCCCUGAGUGAUGCUAUGAAAGUAAAGGUGGUAAAGUGGGAUGGUUUUGAAUAUUGUGAGAAUGGAUCUGAUGAAAAGCUUGGACGUUAUCUCCAAGUGUCACUGCUAUUCUUCCUCCCAUUUGCAAUCAUUAUCUUUUGCUAUUCUGCCAUCCUCAAGACAGUUUUACAAGGUUUAAAGAAAAAGAAGCACACGACUGUAGCUUUGCUGUUGUGUAUUGUUGCAGCCUUCUUCAUUUCCUGGGGGCCAUACCACAUUAUGCUUUUAAUCAAUUCUCUAUAUACACCCAAAGGUUGCAAGGCACAGGAGUGCUUGAGUAUCAUCUACCAUAUUAGUGAAAUGCUUGCCUAUUCUCACUGCUGUAUGAACCCUCUGCUGUAUAUGAUCUCACAGGAUUCGCAAAAGCAUCUGUUUAAUCUUUUGUGCUGUGAAAAACUGUGCAGGAAGAACAGAGAAAAAGACACCAGUCAGAAGCCUUUUGUUAUUCAGAAUGUAGCUUUCACAGCAGAGAGCUCUGUUGUUAAGAGUAACUGAACACUGAUCCAUUAAGCAGGCACAAAUGAACUGUUGAUUCAGUGUGUAAAUACUUUCAUUUGAAUUUACAUCUUUUAUAUAUUCUCUUGAAACAAUAUACAUCUAUUUUUCAGGUGUUUAAUGUGCCAACUAAAGGAUGUUGUUGCACACUUGGAUUAAAAUGAAUUGAAACCAGUGUGGCUUUGUGAGUUCGCCUUUACUGUAUCUGCAAACAUCUGCAAACAUAUAUGUAGACAUAGCACAACGUUACACACUUUUGCACUCUCACACAACUCUUAUAGGCGCACUGCCUUAUGGUUAGUCCUUAAACUCAAAUCUCUAAUAUUUCUUACAGUACAACAAUGAAAUAAACAUAAACAAAAGAUAGUGUGAUCCACCAGGCUAUAUCUGCUGUGAUUACAGCUCGGUGCAGGUAUAAAUCCACAAAAGCGCCACGAGGUUUCCGUACAAACUAAUGAAUUAUCUCUAGCUGCUAAUCGUUAGCGCCACGGCUAAUUCACAUCGCUACCAAUAACUUAUAUACUAAUGACACAUAAUGGGGAUUAACGGCCAACUUUCCCACAUUCUCUGCAACCCAGUGGACUCAUCUGUAGAUACAUUUUAAGUUAUUUACCAUCUUGUAUCUGCUUACCUGCAAACAUAUAUGUAGACAUAGCACAACGUUACACACUUUUGCACUCUCACACAACUCUUAUAGGCGCACUGCCUUAUGGUUAGUGGCUGGGCUUAUUUACUCCCGCUAGAGCUGCUCGUUUUAGGGGAUACUCCCUCUUGUGGUGUAACGGAGGAAUAACUACCCUUCCUGCACUAUGUCAUUUUUGGAGACUGGGGCACACAUUAUUUUACAACAAUCAAAGAAAAUACAUAUUUGAACAAUCAGACCAUUUAACUAACUAUAAUAUUGUGACUAAAUUAUAGGGGGGUGUCCUGUUUUGUCCACGAUGUCUUUCUUGUCC